GAUAAGUAAUAUAAUAAUAAAUAUCGUACACAUUCGAUUGCACAUUUGUGUACUUUUGUGUAAUAAUCGAUGCCACAUUAAGCAUCGACGCCAAACUCAAAAUAGUCUUUGCCUGGCGCUGUGUGUUUAUAUUGAUGGGAUAAUGGAGCAGUACAAAUUAAUAAACGCGGAAUUGAUGGAUCAGGUGCAAAAGCAGCGAAUAGCCAUUGGAGAAAUGCGAAAGGCCGAGGUAUUACUCCAAAGGCAGUUGCUAGAAGAACGUGAAAUGCGUUUGGCCGACGCGCAGCUUUUCGAAAAUAAACUGAAGUGCGCACUGAGGACGUUCAUCCACUCCUUAGAUGUGAACUUGAAUGGCAACAGUGAUUAUCCUAGAUCGCGAACUUCAGUGGCAUCGGAUAAUGUUAGGCAUAGUCAUUACAGUAGUAGCCAAGCCUGCUCAGUGUUGCGCCGUUCCAGCGCCCUACUUCAAAGAAGUCUGGCCGUAUCACCUACAAGACGGAGUCGGAGUCGGAGUCUAAGUUCUUGUAGUGUCAUAAGCCAUAAUAGCUCGCGGGAUGAGGAAAUCAAGGAGUCUAGUCCUGUAAAAGAAACAUUGGUAAUCUUCAGGAAAACACCAGAGCCACGGCACUUGGUUGAGCUGCAGGCAAACAUGGACUCGCCUGAUAUCCAAGAAGCAGUUCCAACAGCUGCUGCUUCACCAGACCAGUUACUGGUGUCUCCAACACCAGUCGCUGAUAUGUAUUCUAUUAUUGAAGAGAGCGAUAGUGAGGAUAACACUUUAUCCUCUUCACUUAAAUUGCAUGAGACACAGAAACUACGUGCCUCGAGCAGCAGCAUGGAGAUGUCCCCGUUGCCUCUGCGUGAUGUGACCAACAAAACAGAGGGUCUGAUUCCCAAUCUAAAGAUCACAAAAGCACAUUGUAUACCGUCAUCCACUCAAGAUGAGACUGAGAACACUAUGAAAGAUCCAAGCAUAGAGCAUGCAAAAUGUGAUUUCCAGCAAAGUUCUCUGCCAGCUAGCCAAAAGAUUACAAAAGCGCACUGUAGAUCAUCGCGUGUCCACAAAAAUGACACUAAGAGCGACAGUCAGGAGCCAAGUAUAGAACAUGUAAGACUGGCUGCCCAAACGAAUUCAUCGAUGCAUGUGAUAAUUCAGUGCGGCUCUCCAAAUGCGGGGCCAGCACUAACGCCACGCCGUAGUCAAUUAAACUUUAGUAGUUUCAACGGAAUUGCUGAUCGACCGUGCGAUAGCAGCACACCGCGGCGAGGCCAAGAAACGUUGACCACCAAUUGGAAACCUGCCUCUGCAAAGGCGAAAGUGAAACGCACAAAAAGCGCAAACAGCAGGGCGGAGCAAUCUAGUACUGACGGCUCGAUGUCUAGUCGCCCUAGCCGUAGCUGUCGGCCCAAGUCGCUUAAGGAACCCAAAUUAAAUUCCAAAAUGCGAAAUGAGUCACUAACCAAAGAAUAGUUUAAUAUUGCAUAUACAUGUUUUUUGUCUGUUUCUUGUCAAACCUGAAAAAAUAUAUAUGCUCUAAUCGCUAUUUAUAGAAGUUGCAAUGUUAAGAUCUGUCCGAAAGUAGUGAUUUGCCGUAAAGCUAAGAUAUUCAAAAACGUGAGUUCAGUUGUGAGCAUUAUACGCCCCUUAGGGAUCCAUCGCCAGGAAGAUAGCGUAACGGGUUUUAAAGCGAUUUACAAAUAUAAAAUAUAUUGAAUGGGAAAUUGUGUGUCUAGGAUUAAAAGUGUUUUGGUAAUAUAAAAAAAAAAACAUUUUGUAAAUAAUA